AUGAGCACUGCUUCACCGUCUCGCGGUCUUCCUAACUCGGGCGCAUCACAAACACCAUUUCACACUGAGACGCCCGCGUCGUCACAUUCUGCGACUGGCACGGGAAGUAGCCGCUUCUUCGGAGAGUCCAACUUCCUCACCCUCGUGCCGGGUGCCCCUGAGCCGGGGUCCGACGCGACUGCGGGAGACGCUGUAUUGAAGGGUCGCUUGGCCUUUCCAGUUCCCCAGACACCUCAAUCGCAGGACUUGGGGACUUCGCCUGCCAGUAUUAAUAACAUCAGCUCGGCUACGGAGCGAUACCUGAGGGAUGAAGGGGCCUUGAUCUUUCCCGAUAUGCAGAGCUGUCUGCCUGCCCUUCGCGCAUACUUCAAAUGGUUUCACCCGUGCUUCCCAAUACUGGAUCGCGCAGACGUGGCGCGAAGACUUGCGACGAUGGAUAUCUCGCCACUGUUGUUGCAGGCGAUGCUCUUCAUCGGGUCGACAUACUGCGAUGAGGCUACCAUCACAGCUAUGGGCUUCAAAGACCGCUCAGAAGCGAAGAGUGUGACGUACUCGCGUGCAAGAAUUCUUUUCCACUCCAAUUGGGAAAAAGACGAGUUCACACUCAUCCAAUCUCUGUUCCUUUGCAGCUUCUGGAGGGGCGGUCCUACCGACUGGAGAGAUGUAAGAUACUGGCUGGGAUGCGUCUUGACUCUUGCGCAGACACAUGGCCUCCAUAGAUCAACACGCUUCAUUACAAGAGAACCCCAGUUUGCCCGAAUGAGAAGAAGAGUCUGGUGGUCCAUCUACGUGAGAGAAAGGCAAGCGGCGAUAUCUCUGGGACUUCCAUGUAGAAUACGAGAUGAAGACUGCGACAUCGAGCCUCUGAUCGCCUCUGAUUUGGAGGGCGACACGGAUGAUCAGCCAGCUACAGCGUUUGGCACAUCCGAAUCUGAGCAUGUGCAUUACGCUAUCAAUAUGGUAGACAUAGCAAGGCUACUCGGAAGGAUUACAGAUACACACUUUGCGCCGGGCCGUGGUCCUCCUGCACCAGGUGAAGUGCGCGACCUGAAGCAACAACUCGAGCAGUGGAAGCAGAAUUUGCCAGAAGAAUUGAGGAGAGAACCCGAGGAGGGGCAAUCGUCAGUCCUGACAUGCCUCAUUCAUCUUGCCUACAAUCACUUGCGCAUCCUAGUUCAUCGAAAUGGAUGGCUUCUAAACCGAGACGAAGAGGAUAAAAAGGCCGCCCUCGCGGCUGCCUGUCGAAUCAGCAGGAUAGCAGAAGACAUGCUCGCACAGAAAACCUUACAAUACGGCCAAAUGCAUCUCCUAUUCGCGGCUCUUUGUAUUCACGCUAUCGACAUCAAGUCGGCCGAUGGGAUCGGUCGCCAGCUCGCAGUUCACAGAGCCCAGAUGUGUCAUUUAGGACUGAAAGAGAUUCAAAACUACUGGCGCAUCAACAACAAUGUCUUGGAUCUCUUUUUACAAUAUCUCGACAAGCCCAUUGCCAAGAGAAUCUACAACGAAGACGCCGAUGCUGCGGCAGCUGAUGGGGCAUCAGGAUCCACGGCAGGCCUGAGCCCGUUCAACACAGCUAGCACACCCCAGAAUCUUUCCACAGACACCAUGGAGCAAAGCAGAUCGGACGCCAUAGAGGACCAAUACUUUAACCUGAUGCAGACCAAUUGGGAAGGCGAGCAUGCCCUUGGUGAUCUCGGCCUCUUCCUGGACCCGCAACUCUACGCCAACGGUCCAAUGCAAGUUGAGGGCCUCAACUUCUUGCAGCGGUGCCUAUGA